CAGCCGCACAGUCUGUAGCCUGUGCUUCACGUAGUCAUGUCGGGUCGCGGCAAAGGAGGCAAGGGGCUGGGGAAAGGCGGCGCCAAGCGCCACAGGAAGGUGCUGCGAGACAACAUCCAGGGCAUUACCAAGCCGGCCAUCCGCCGCUUGGCUCGGCGCGGCGGCGUGAAGCGCAUCUCGGGCCUCAUCUACGAGGAGACUCGCGGGGUGCUCAAAGUUUUCUUGGAGAACGUGAUCCGCGACGCCGUCACCUACACGGAGCACGCCAAGCGCAAGACCGUCACCGCCAUGGACGUGGUCUACGCGCUGAAGCGCCAGGGCCGCACCCUCUACGGCUUCGGCGGCUGAGCUACUCGUUCUAAA